AUGCAACCGAAUCACUGCGACCUCCUCGGUCAGGUGCGCGAGCCCAGAGCCGCAAGUCAACUGAUGCGCGAUGGCCAGCCGCGCGACCAACAUGGCUACGCUGGUCAGCCCCGAUCGUCUGGUGCGGUACCCAUGAGGUCAGAGGACUCUUGGAUCGAAGUAUCGUCCCAACCCUCCUCCUCAUCUCUGUCCUCUGCAGCGACAAACGACGAUAUCAUAACGACGGGCCUUCGAGUGGAACAUCGUGAGGCAGGCAUGUAUCAGCAUCGCAGUCGUCGACGGCGCAUGCAGCAUCUGGCUGCUGUGGCCACCGCCCAGGUGGAUUACUCGUCGCGAGAGGCUAGUCUGGCGAGUAGCAGCCAGGAGGAAUACGAAGAGAGCGAAAGCGAGUCAGACCCGCCGAUGAGCAGCUCAAACGAAGAUAUCAACCGUCCCGCCCGGCCCAGUUUGCUGCCUAUGCGCCCUUCACUCCACUCCGAUGACGCCGAUAGCGACGAUGAAGACGAUACAUCUACAGCCUUGGGAAUGGGCAUUAGUCCAUCACCAUUUGUCCCACAACCCAACGUCUUCUCCCAUCCACCUCCAACGUCCGACCCUUCAUGGACUCGUCCCACCGAAUCUCGUCGCUCCCAACCCAGCGUCUUGUCAAACUCCAGCCGGCGCACUGCGAUCCGUCGAGAAUCUUACCCCAGCACACGUGGAUCUCGUCGAUCCCAACAAUCCCAGCACAGCCCUUAUAACAUGAUUUCGCCUUCUCAUCACGCCGACCACGACGCUGCGCUCCGCGCCAGUCUCUCCACUCUUUUAUCCUGCGCAGCCGCUGCCCGAGGACUCCCCAAGACCGACUCUCCUCGCUUGCAAACCAGUCCUCCAACCGCAGCUCCUCCAGCAUCUUUCAGGCUGGUCGGUGAAUCUGUCGCUAUGGGCGAUGAAGACAGCAGCGAAGAAGGUCCGUCCUCACCCCGGUGCGUGGAGACCAGCCCCUCAGUGGGUCCGCCCCGCCGUAGACACCCCACGUCUCCAUCCGGCCCGUCCGUGUCCAAAGCAAAACGUCGAUCCGCCUCUCCCAAAGACCGCAGCGUUGCAAAGAAGAGUCGGCGGACUAGCUUGUCCGACUCGACAGCUCCCGUCAGUCCUACUGUCAUGACGUGGGUGAUCAGUGCGGGUGUCGUCGUUCUCUUCUCUGCCAUCAGCUUUUCGGCGGGAUACAUGCUUGGCCGGGAAGUUGGACGGACUGAGAUGGGCAUGAUGGGAGAGGGUGGUGUCCCAGGAGCACGGUCUUCAGCAGCUUGUGGACAAGAAGCAGUUCGAGGCGGUCUCAAGAGACUGCGAUGGGGCACUGCUGCCGCUGGAUCAGCCAGUUUGGCCUGA